GACGCUUCUUGACAGAAGACUUUGGACUGCGAAGCGAACCUAAUACAGCGCAAAAAAGAAACAAGAGAAAAAAAAAAAUCAAAGGACAAGAAGGAAGUAGAGAAAGAAGCUCAAGAGCUGAGAAUCAAUCACCUCCACACUAGCGCUCAUCUCACACCUUAUUGCCCAACUUAACUCCCAAAACCACCUCCGGGAAGGAAGAAUGACAGACACAACGCGGUGGAAGGCCACCGUCUACGUCGGCGGUCUCGCCCCCGCCGUGACAGUCACCACGCUGCAAGAAGCCUUCCUCCCCUUUGGCGAGAUCGCCGACGUCUCGCUGCCCAAGAACGAGAACCCCAACACGGCCGCGGCCGAGCCGCACCGCGGGUUCGCCUACGUCGAGUUCGAGGACCCCGACGACGCCAAGGAGGCCAUCGACAACAUGGACCAGGCCGAGCUGUUCGGCCGCGUCAUCAGGGUGUCGGCUGCUAAGCCGCCCAAGAGCGCCGGACAAGGACUCGGGGCGAAAACGGCCGUUUGGGAGCAGGAGGGGUGGCUUGCAGAACAUGCGGUUAGUGAGGAGGAUAGGUUGGCGGCCGAGCAAGCUCAGAAUGCGAGACUGGACGACCCGAUGCAGGGGCUAGAGGGAUUAGACGUUGCUGGGCCGAAGCCUGAGUGAUGGCACGAGUCCUAGGAGGAUAGCGCGGGUUCACAGGUGACAUCGUACACGAUCGUCGGCAGGGUUCUCAGGUUUGGGACGGAGCGCUCGAAUCGAUACCACGGGAUUGCAUAGUU